AUGCGCUCACUCCUUCGCCUGACGGCAUGGACGAGUAUCCUCACUGCAAAAGUUAUGGGCCAGAUCGUGGUGGCCCAUUUUAUGGCGCAAAAUUCUUACUCGUAUUCCCAGAGCGACUGGGCGAACGACAUAAAUUCAGCAAAGGCAACUGGGAUCGACGGGUUUGCAUUACUUCUAGUUCACGGUAGUAUCACAGUUGCCGAAGCCUCGAACUUCAAGCUAUUUUUCAGUUUUGACCUUUCGCCACAAUAUAAUUGGCAGGCAGACGACAUUGUUCACCGCAUCGCAACCUACGCUAACAGCCCGGCGAUGCUGCGUUGGAAUAACCACGUCCUCGUCUCAACCUUCUCAGGAAAAUCUCGCGGCAACGAUUUCUUCCAAGGGAUCAAGACGUCCCUCGCAAAACAAGGCAUCAUUAUCGCUUUAGCCCCAGCGUUAAUUGAGUACCGCAGCCCUUCGUUGGCAAAUCAGCUGUUGAGCGACUUCCCAUCCAUUGAUGGGUUCUUCAAUUGGUGGUCUUGGCCGGAUGAUGUUAACUCUCUGCUGACCACAGACACGGACAUUGCGUACAAAAAUGCCGCUCACGCUCGCGGUGGGCCAUACAUCAUGUCCGUUUCCCCUUGGCAAUUCAAGAACACGGACGCUGGCAAUGCCUGGGUCGAACUUAGCGACACAUUGUGGAGUUAUCGUUGGCAUCAAGCGAUCAACGAUGUGAAGCCAGAUAUUGUCGAAAUUGUGACUUGGAACGACUAUGGUGGUGUCAGCCGUGUAGUUUUGCCCGUGAACCUGACACCUGUUUUUGCAGCUGAAUCGCAUUAUAUUGGGGAUAUCAAUCCCAACGUUGACCUUGGCACCGCAGCUCCCAACUACGUCAAUGGCUUCCCACACGCGGCUUGGCGAAUCGUUGCCCAAUACUUUAUCGGUUGGUACAAGACUGGCUCUGCGCCGAAGGUCACGAAUGACGUUGUGGUUUUCUGGUAUCGGUCUCACCCCAAGUCCGUCUCGUGCUCCGGCGGCUGGGCCCCGAGGAUGGCGAAUUUUCCCGCCGAUGCCGUCUUCGGUCUCGCAUUAUUGUCGUCUCCGGCCACGAUCACGCUCGACAUUGGGUCGAACCACGCACAAUGGAAUGCUAGUGCUGGUGAUUCUAUUGGCUCAGUCGCGUUCCCUGUGCAAGAUGCCCAGAUUCCCUACAUCCAAAUUGUGCGGAACGGGCAGACGGUGAAGAGUGGCUAUGGCAGCGUGUUCGUGACGAAUAAUUGCAACUGGUAUAAUUUCAACCCUUUUGUCGGAGUCGUAGCUUGA